CUCAGAAAUGACGAGUAAAACAAAAAUUAUUAAUCUGACUAGAAUGUCCAGGGUAUUUCAACCACUGGCGACGAGUGGAUCAUUUGAUAGUGGAGAAAAGACAGAAAUUGUAUCCAAAAGUCACAAAAUACGUCAUUAUCGUCGCCUGGAAUCUUGUCCAGUACAUCUUUUCGACACGAGUAACGAGUGGCGCUCAUAGCCGUUCUAUCACGUGAUGUAACAUGGCCGUACCCAUAAGCAUCAUGGCCGUCUACGACUAUAUUAUAUGUAUACAUAAAUGUAGUGGGCAGGAUGCGACGGCUAUUUCGAGUACGCUCGACGGAGGCAAAGAUGCUUUACUCCGUUUUUCUUUAGCCGCUACGGUAGGAUCGGAUCGGUACUAGGAAGCCGGUCGGGCAAGUACGCUUGCCAAGACGCUUGAGCCCAGCUUCGGCGAGGAGAGACGGGCGUGAGAGUGGUAGCCGUCGAGAACGCUCGACAGAGGCCAAGACACUUGACCUCAGGACUACCUCGGGAGACUUCUUCGGAGACUAGUCGGCGGAGUAGCGGUCCGAAAAGUCGGCGGCAGUGUUCUCAGAUGGGACGGGAUUUUCGCGCAUGCGGGACAAUGUUUGCGCGGAAACAGUGGUGUUGCUGUGUGGAAUAUUAUAGGUGCCAAAGUCGUGACUCGUGAUGGCCUGACGGGUAUAGGCAAGGUUAGAGGUAAGUAUAAAAAUUUUUUAUAUUGCAAUAUGGAACCCAAAGGAGCAAUUAAAAAAAUUAAAAAAUUUCAGCAAUCAUGGCUUGAUGAAGUUAAUUUUAAAGGUUGGUUAGCUCCUCAUCCAACAGAGAAUAAAGCCAUUUGUUAUAUAUGUAAUAAGACCAUCAGCUGCAAUAAAACUCAUUUAAUGAAGCAUUCACAGACGGUCAAACAUAUUGAUAAAGUAGCUUCCCAAAAUAAAGAAAAUAAUAAUAAUAGAGCUAGCACACAUAACGAAAACGUUAAGCGGGCAGAAAUUAAAUUAACAGCAUUUUUUGCAGAGCACAAUAUAGCAUUUAGUACUGCGGAUCUCUUAAUUCCACUAUUAAAAGAUAUCUGUGUAGAUUCUAAAAUUGUGCAAGAUAUUAAAUUAGGCCAAACAAAAUGUAAAAAUAUUUUAACAAAUGUAAUUGCAAAGCACGAAACAAAUAAACUCGUUGAAUAUUUGAAAACAUGUAAAUUUUCGAUUUUAAUUGACGAAAGUACUGAUAUUUCCAAUACAAAAAUUAUGUGCAUUCUUGUUUGGUUCGUAUCACCAAUUGACAAAGUAGUAACAACACAAUUAUUAGAUUUAAUAUCUAUAGAUGCAAAAGAUGGUACCGCAGAAACUAUCUUUCAAGUUUUUAAAAAUCUUUUAAAAGAAAAAGAAAUACUUAUUAAUAAUGUUGUUGGAAUGGCAAGUGACAAUGCUGCUGUAAUGAUCGGUAAUAAUAAUUCUUUUAUGUCGCGAUUAAAAUUAGAAGUACCGGGCCUUGUAACAUUAAAUUGCAUUUGCCAUUCAUCCGCGCUUGUAUCAAGUAAAGCUUGUGAACAGUUACCGCAAUCGUGUGAACAUUUAAUUCGUAGUGUAACUACUUACUUUUCAAACAGUGCAAAAAGAUGUGCAAUCUUAGAUGAGUUCCAGAUAUUUUUUAAUGUGGAAAGAAAUAAGCUUGUAAAAUUAUCCAAUACUAGAUGGCUCGUAUUACAUAAAUAUAUCGUUCGAUUUUUAGAUAAUUGGGAAGUGUUUAAACAUUAUUUUAUGUACUGCAUUGCUGAAGAAAAAUCGAAAUCCGCAGAAGUUAUUUUAGAACAAUUAAAUAAUAUUUCAAUAAAAGCAUACCUUUUAGUUUUAAAAUAUUCAUUAGAUUUUUUUAAUAGUUUUAAUGCCCUCUUUCAAUCGCGUAAAAUUUUAAUUCAUAAAUUAUUUGUGUAAAGCCAACAACUUAUUUGUGAAAUUGGUCAAAAUUUUUUAACUCCUAAUUCUUUAAAAAACCUAAAUACUUUAAAUAUUGAUGAUAAUAAUAUUCAAAAUCUUGAUGAUGUAUACGUAGGACGAGAAUGUGAAUGUCUUUUAGCUACAUUAUCUUUAGAUCAGGCGCGCGAAAUUCGUUUAAAAUGCUUGCAAUUUUACAUAAUGGCAGUUCGCGAAAUGUUAAAACGGUUACCAUAUAAUAAUAGUAUUUUUGAGCAAUUAAUGUUUUUAGAUUCAAAAAUUGCAUUGUAUAAUGAAAGUAGGCUAAAAAUUAAAGAUUUAACUUGUAUUGCCACACAUAUCGGAAAUAUUAACGUAACGAAAUUAGCCUACGAGUGGAGGAUUUUAUUCUCUUUUUAUAAUGAUUCCCAAAAAGAAUUAGCUCAAUUAAAAAUUGAUGUUAUGUGGCGCAAGAUAUUCGAGUCUGUAGAUUUUAAUAAUGAUAAAGUUUUUCCAAAUUUAGAAAUAUUAGUACAAACAGUUCUUUUGUUUCCGCAUUUGAAUGCUGAAGCCGAAAGAAUUUUUUCAAUUGUAACAGAUGUCAAAAACAAAAAACGGAACCGAUUAUUAAAUGAAACCAUUUCCGCGAUAUGCAUAACGCGAUCUAGUUUUCAGGCCAAAGGCAUUAAAUGUUUUAAUUUCGAAGUACUUUCCGAUUAUUUAAAAUUACACAAUUCUAGAAAUGUAUAUGGAAAUAAUGCAUCUGAUGGUUCUUAAUAUAUGUAUUAAACUUAUUUUUGCAAAAUUAAUUAAUUUUUCGGAAUUUAUUUUUUCAAAUUUUAUCAAUAUAUUAAUAACUAAACGUUUAUUUAUGUGCAAUAUUAUAUUAAAAUUUGUACGAAAUUAAUAGAUAUUUUCAGAUUUUUUUUAGUUGUUUAAUGUAUUUAAAUGCACGUGUAAUAACUUAGAUUUAAGCCAAAUAACGUUUAUGAAACCAAAGAAAGUUUAUUUUUGUUUUUGAAAUAUAUUUUAUUAUUAUUAAAUAUUGUAUAUAUUUUAUUUUUGUAACGUAAAUAUUUAUUUUAGUGUAAUAGAUUAAAUAAUUAUUCUAUUGUAAAGAAAGUUAUUUUUGUACAAUUAAUGUACGGGAAUACUGGUGAGGUUUUUUGGCAGUUUUUCCUUAUCCAUAGCAACAAAUGUUGGUAUUCCUUAAUAUUUCUGCCAAAUAAAAUUUCUUUUGUUGUAAAAAUAUAUUAUACUAAAUUUAUUUUAUCCUUUUUGUUCAUUCCUUACAAGUUUAUUAAUAUUAUUUAAGACCGCUUAAUAAGGUUACUCAUCAAUACCUUUAUUUAAUGAAAAUAAAUACUUCACUGAUCCUGAAUUCACUACGCAUGCGCGAAAAUCCCGUCCCAUCUGAGAACACUGGUCGGCGGAGAAGAAGCGCAGCAUCUUGCUGCUCCGGCGCUUUUAUACCCGGAUCUCGAGACGUCGGGAACGCUCGGUGGCGGUUCGGUUCGUGUCGGCGCCAGCGUCCCCGCCGCUCGAGAUCGGUUGCGCGGAGAGUGAACGGAGGCGAGCGAGCACGUCGUUAGCGCGUGCCGGUUUGGGCCGGUGCGCAUGCGCGGCGAGAUAUCUCGACGCGCGGAUGCCUCGCCGCUCGUGUUGGCGCGUUUGAAAUUGUUUGUAGGCGCGUAGCGCCUCGUUCUACGCUUGGCGGUUGUUCGGCCGGCGUUUGGCGAACGAUGACCGGUCCGUUGGGGAGUUGCGCGGAGACGGUUUGUUACAAUUUGUAUUAAUUUAGAAAUUACAGAGAAAAAGUCUUUAUGAAAACAUGCUUAUAUAAGGGCCUAUCCAGACAAACUUUUUUUUUUUAUUGUAUAAUUUAUAUUUUACUAAAAAAUAUUUUGUUUUAUAAUAAUAAUACAAAAAAUUUUGAUUAUGUGUAAUAUCACUAUUUAUUUCUAAUUAUAAUACGUACACAUGUGCUUGAUGGUAUUUUUUUUAUUCUUGUGAUUUUGAUUAUGACCGAAGUUUUUUGAAUGAUUUGUUUAAAUUGAAUUACAACGCAGACAAUUUGUCCUCUCAAAAAAAGUGAAGUGUCGGAACUGGUAUAUCUAAACUGUGACUAUGUGCUUUUUACGACUAUUUACUGACUGCUAGGCGAAAAAAAGAUGGUCGAGACCGAUAUUUAGAAAGUGUUUUAAAGCAAUCUGAUUAGUUUGUUUUAUCCAAAUUGUCUUUAUUUACAACUGACAUGUUGGAAACUUUAACUUAAGUGUUUUCCUGUUUCAAUAGCUUCACUUUACAUGCUUUUUACGACUAUUUACUGAUUGUUAGGCGGGAAAAGGAUAAUCGUGACCGAUAUUUAGAAAUAUUUUAAAGCCAU